UUUUUACUGAAAAGAGCCAAAAAAAAGAGGUAAAAGGUAGAAAUUUGUUACAGAGAGGAGUAGUUGCUAAUACUGUUUGAUCAAAAUAUUAGAACAUUACAAUUCAUUUCAAAAACAAAUUAAGAAAUAUUGAGAUCCAAGGAAGGUACAGAGACAUGAAGGAAGAGCAAUAACCUGGAAAGCUUUCCACAAUUACCUCAACACUCACCCAAGAAUAGCAGUGCACGAAAUUCUUUGGAAACUGAUUUGUCAUAUGCGUCGUUAGAUAACAAAUCCACAAGCAUCUCUGCGGUAGAUGGUUGAAAUCUUAUAUUAUUAGGGUUUGUGUAAGUUGGGGAAAUAGCGGGUAAAAUCGUGUAAUGUAACGUAACGAUUAACGAAGAUAUUGGGAAUUUCGAAUUCCCAAGUUCAAUCUGAACGGUGUCGUUUUUAAGUUCCGCCCAAACAGCUAGUGCGACGUGCGCGUUAGGGAUUUCGAAGUUUCGAAUUCCCAAGUUUAAUCUGAACGGUUUCGCUUUAAGCUCCGCCCAAAUUGCUGUUUUGUCAAAACGGUGCGUUUAAUGCAGAAAAAGCUAGCUUCGUUUGUUUUUGUACCUGUAAAACUAACUAUGGCAGUUCAACAAUGAUUUGGAAUACAAAUGCUACAAGGAUUCCGAAAACCCACAACGCAGUGUGCCUUGUCCAGUAAGAAGCUUUGUAUAUUUAAACAAAUGUUCUGGUUUAUUGCUUUACUCAGGAAGAGAAGAAGAAGAAGAAGAAGAAGCAAGAGAAGAGAGUCAGAAGGGUUUUGGAGAUUGAAAGAUGGCGAACCGUACCGACCCAGAAGCGAAGAACAUAAGGGGAAUGGACCCUCAGAACCUGGUGGAUGAUAUUGUGAGAUCCAAUAUUUACCAGUCCACAUACUGGAAAAGAUACUGCUUUGGCCUAUCUGCAGCAUCCUUGGUCGACAGGGCCACAGAGCUUGACCAUGUCGGUGGCACCAUUGGGGGAGGCAGCAAGGCCACGCCGUUCCUCUGCCUUGCCAUGAAGUUGCUGCAAAUCCAACCCGAGAAGGAGAUCGUUGUCGAGUACAUUAACAACAAUGACUUCAAGUAUGUGAGAGUUCUUGGUGCUUUUUAUCUGCGACUUACUGGUACUGAUGUUGAUAUUUAUCAUUAUCUAGAGCCUUUGCGCAAUGAUUUCCGUAAAUUGAGGCGAGUAUUGAGUGAUGGACAGUUUGGGUUGAUUCAUGUCGAUGAAUUCAUUGAAGAGCUCCUCACAAAAGAUUAUUCAUGUGAUGUUGCUUUGCCUCGGAUUAGGAAAAGGUGGAAUCUUGAACAGAUUGGUUUGCUGGAACUGAGAAUUAGUGUCCUUGAUGAAGAUUAUGAAGAGAAAGAGAGAGAGGAAGAGGAAAGGGAGGCUGGCAAAAUUGAAUAUGAAGUGGAAGAUGAGGAAAAGGAUUAUGGAGGUAGUUAUAGGGAUAGAGAUUAUGAGAGAAGGAGGAGUGAUAGGAGGGACAGUAGAGAAGUAGACAGUUACCGUUUUAGAGAACAAAAAGGAAGAGACUGGAGAGAUAGGGAGUGUGAAAGACGAGACAGGGAUGAUCAUGGUGGUUGGUGGAGGAGACGUUCAAGGAGGAGUAGAAGUAGGAGUAGGGAUGGGAAGGGUGGAGAGAACUCCAAGAGAUGUGACCGCAGAACCAGUCCUAGAAGGUGUGGGGAUGAUGAGGAUGGCUACAUUCGAGAAAAACCGAAGAAAAAGAAGGAGAAGAAGGAUGAUGGCACAGACCAUCCUGAUCCGGAGAUUUCUGAAGCUAAUAGACUCCGCGCAUCCCUUGGGUUGAAACCUUUGAAACUGCUAUGCAGGAUGUGCAAAUUAUCAAAGUCAUCUGACUGUGAGUACCUUAGAAUGUUCCUAUCUAGUAGAACUUUUUUCAAGCUCUAUAAAUCGCCUCGCUUAUUUGUUUCAUGUGUGUUGUUGCUCUGCUGUUUUCAUUCGAACUUCUGGUUAGACGAUUGCUUAUCAAGCUUGAUUGCUGCCAGAGACACCAUGAUUAAGUUCUGAUGUAGUAUUUGAUUGUGUGGUUUUCGGAACAUCUUAGUGUGAGUUUCAGAUGUUCUCACCGGAAAGAUUGAUAUUAUCCAUGCCUAAAACCAUUGAAAACAACUAUGAAUAUAACAUUAUAAGAGUUCAUCUGACAUUGGAUAAAGAUACAUGUUUAUUUCAUCAAAUUCCUUUAAAAAUUUUUGCAAUGUUCUUCACAGAUCAUGCCUGCAUCAGGGCGCAGGCCAUCAACUAGAGUGAUUAUAAAACAAUUUCCCUUACUCUAGCACCUAGAAAACAAAAGGAAUGAGAGCCCUGACAUUUUUAGGGAAAUCUUCAAACUUGGAAAUGUACCAUCUUUUUGUUGCAUAGCUCCUCCCCA